GUUCAAAAUGGCGGAGCUGAAACAGGAGUUACCUCGAAAAGGCGGUUAUGCUCCGGUAGAAUUUUCCAGAGGAGUACCGAAAAGGGGCCCCCCAGGAUGGUUAAUGAUAUUAGGAGGAGGUUUCAUAAUGUCAGUGGGAUUUGCUAUGGUUGUUCGGGGAAACAGGCGAAGAUGUGAGCUGAGAAAGGAACAGCUGCAAGCCAGGAUUUCAUUACUACCUGUACUACAGGCAGAAAGUGAUAGAAGAGUUCUUCAAGCACUGAAAGAGAAUGAAGAGGAAGAAGCACAAAUAAUGAAAGAUGUCAAAGAUUGGAGUGUUGGUGAGAGUGUAUAUAACACUAAUAAGUGGGUCACGCCAAUGCCAGAACAGAUUAUGAAAAUGUAGGAAUUCCUUGUUUUACCUUUCCAAGAACAUACAUUUUGUUAAGAACUAAUGCCUUAUUUAGAUCUCUUGUUGAUGAUUUUUUGAUAAUCAAAUUUUUGUUGUUGGUUAAGUCCUCAGACUAGAGUGAUUUUACUUGGUUCAUAAAACGAUGGUGUAAAAUUAGCUCUUGACUAACUGUCAAAGUAAAAUAUUGGUAUAAGUAUCUACUAUUACAUGUAUGUAUAGCAUAUAUGGUUACCUUGGGGAUAUCUUGGAAGUAAUUUUUGAUUUAGUUUUGACGUUCAGACAACCUUUGGUCAUCUUCUUCAGGUCGUUUUUCACUGGUUGUGAAGAAACAUGAACAACCAGCGGAAACAAAGCUUCAGAACCAUGAUUAUUACAUGUAUGUCUUAUGCUUAAUAUUUUAUCACAGGCCAAGUAAAAUUACUCUUAUCAUUAAUAUUAUAACAUCAUAAUCAUUAUUAACUCACUGCUACUACAGGUGUAAACUUUUGAAUUUUAUAUUAAUUCUUAUUAAUUAAGCAGAUUUACCUUUUAGUGUUGUCGCACAGCGCAGUCCCUCCCCACUAGUAGGGAGGGAUCAUGCAGCAUGAACAAAAACUGGAUGCGAAGGAAACUAGUUUAGCUGUGGGUUCAAGCUUUUGUAACUUGAUUUCAUAGUAAAGGUUGUUCUAAAACUUGUUGUUCAAACUUUGAGAGAUGAGGCAGUAAGCUGUGACGUUGGAUUGGCUCGCAGAUCAUAUACAAUAAGAACAUGUGAAAUAGGUUACUUAUUAUGCAUGUUCUUGUUCAACACUUGUUUAGCAACAAUUUUGUCUUCUCCACAUAAUUGCAAGAAGGUUGUCAUAAAAAAAAUUAAAUAACAAAAUAGGAAUUAAUUAUUUUUAAAGCAAAACAGGAGUAAUCAUUUUACUGUUUUGAAAGUAUAUACUGACAUUUUUGAUAUCACCGUGUUGUUAUGUACUAAAAUAUUUAAUUUCAUUGAUCUAGGAGGCUUCAGAAUCAAAAUAAAAAUAAAUUAAUUCCUCUCUUUUGUUAUUUUUGCCGGCACAGCAGUCGAGCCUGAAGUGAGCGAGCAAGAAAGCAAUUCUAAUUUGCAUCUAGGAGGCUUAUUAACUUUGUCUUUGAUAUUAACCACAAUGCAUUCAAUAUCAACCAUAUUGCAUCAUGCACUUGACCUUGACCUUAAAUAGCAGAUACACAGGAAUGCAAUAUCAAAACAAUACUUGUAGGUAAGCUUCGUUUUUAUUCCAACUGAUCACUUUUCCCAAAGAUUCAAACAAUGCUUGGUUUUUAAUCGGCUGAUUCAUUUAUCUUUCUGUUGUAAUUUCUACAAUUGUAUCCUUGGCUUGGUUCACUACAGAAUUAUCAUCUUUAAUCAUUGGCUUAAUCCUGCGGAGUUGUCCCCUUUGAAUUUCAAACUAUAAUCCUUUUUUUAUUUGUGUUUAAAUUUUUCUUUCUCAAUAUAGUUUUGUAUUGAAACUACGGAGGAAUCACGUUUUUUUGCACUUAAACCUGAAAUCUUGCCAUUUCUAAAUUCUCACAGGUGUUGACUGUGCUCGUAGUAUUCCAAGCCAAUUUCAUGUUAAACCCUAUUGAAAUGCCAUUGAUAGAUUCUUGCUAUAUUCUAUGUAAUUCAUUCUUUAUAUUAUAUCUAAACCUGUAACUUUUACCAUUUGGUAUAGUUUUAUAGUGUUAUAUUUCAAAAAUGUUAAUAAACUUGCUAUUUAUGUUUCA